CUAAUUUCACAACAAAGUUAUCAUUGAUCAUAAAUAAUUUCAAAUUCAUAUCAUCACCUAUCUAACAAAUCAUUCAAACCAUCUCACAAAAGAAAUCAUAAUUAUUUUGAUUCAAGUUAAAAAUUAUGGUGUAGGUCGGUAGUGGACCACGUAAAUUCGACAAUGAGGUUAGAAAAUGAAAUGAGGAAGCAACAAUAAAAUUAAUAAUUAUGGUUUGAUGGUCUUAGUUUACGUAAAAGUAUUUAAAAAAAAUUGUAGUGAAAAUGAGUCAACCAGUGGACCAGUUCAACCGUGGUGAUUCAUCUGAUUUUAUGUUGAACCGUGAAAAACUGUUUGAUCCAUCAAUAACCAUCCAAAUAAUGAACCGAACCGCUAUCGUAACUAGCUUGGCGCUUUCACUGGCCCACCUGUUGAUCCGGUUCGAUUCUUAUACCAAUUGCUAAAAGUAAAAUGAAAAUCGUGAAAAGAUGCGAAACCUAACUUCCUGGGAAGAAGCACGACGCCGUUCCCCAGCGAGCAAUCGCAGAUUGGUUGUCGUCUUCGUCUUCCUGUCUGGAGCUGUAGCUGGUCUCUGAUUUUGAACUGUAAUGUAACGCAACCUCUUCUGCAGCUAUCCCUCGUCAGUGGUCUUCGGCUCCGCCCUCCGCAUUCAGGUGACCCGGCGCUUGGCCGCUUGCUCUAACCUCCGCUUUCUUCUUGCUUCAAAUUUUAUUAUCUCCUUGUCUGAUCACCACCCUAGAUGUUAGGUUUUGUCAGAAUUUCUCAAUCGUACUAUUCCCCAAGUGAUUCCAACUUCUGUGGCUCCGAUUAUCGUUCAAUUUUAGCUACUGGCGAUCAAUUUUGAUAUGGUACCUAUUUACCCCAGAAGUUAGCCAAUUUUGGGCAGGUUAUGCGUGCGUAGUUCGCUUCGUAAUCAUAGUUCAUACAACUAGAAGAUCGUAACUAGGUUAUAUGGAAUAAUGCUUGGGUUUUGUUAUGUUUACUGUUUAGGUUUCUCCUUCCUUGGGUGCAUUACAGUUUUGGAUGUUAGUUGACUUUUUCAGAUAAAAAUUGAAUCUUUCUCCCUCUUAUUGAAGCUUGGAUUAUAUGAACCGCAGUUCUCUGGAACUAAGACGCUGCUGUUUAUUCUCUUUCAGCCGUGAAUUGCGAAAUUUGGGAAUUUGUGGCGGCCCUUCUCUUGACUUGGAGGAUAGAAUUUCGCAAUGGCAAGUAAAGGGCGGAUUCCACCUCCUCAUCAUCGACGCCCUUUUCCGGGACACGAGCCCUUGCAUCCUCCUGACCCAUUUGCUCAGGGAAUUCGACCUGCACCGGGUCCUUAUCCUCCAUUUGACAUGCUGCCUCCCCGAGAAGUCAUGGAACAGAAGCUUUCGGCACAACAAGUGGAGAUGCAACGACUUGCCACGGAGAACCAAAGGCUUGCUGCUUCUCAUGGGAACUUGAGACACGAACUAGUGGCUGCUCAACAUGAGCUGCAGAUGUUGCAUGCUCAUGUACAGGCUAUCAGAGCGGAGAGAGAACAAAGGAUGAAGGGUCUUUCCGAUAAGACUGCAAAGAUGGAAACUGAAUUGAAAGCUGCUGAGCCUAUCAAGAAGGAUUUGCAGAAGGCACGGUCAGAAGCUGAGAAGUUGGUUACAGAUAGGCAGGAGCUUAUGUCUAAAGUGCAUCAGUUAAAUCAGGAAAUUCAGAAAGCUCACAUGGAUGCACAGCAAGUUCCUGCUUUAAUGUCUGAACUAGAGGGUCUGAGACAAGAACAACAGCGAUGCAGAAUUUCGUACGACUAUGAGAAGAAGCUGUUUAGCGACCACCUUGAAUCACUUCAAGUAAUGGAGAAGAACUAUAUGACAAUGGCCAGAGAAGUGGAAAAGCUCCGUUCACAAUUGGCUAAUGUAGCGGGUGGGCACUAUCCUGGCACCUCUGGGAACAAUGAGAAUGAGGCUACUGGGCGCGCUGGAGGACAAAACAUGUAUGCUGAUAGCUAUGGCCUACAUCAAAACCAGGGUUAUUUGACUGCUUCGGCUGCUGCUGCUGCUGCUGCUAACUCUGGAGCUGCUGUGGUCGCCGCUAAUGCUGCUAAUGCAGCUGCCGUUAGUGGUACCACCAACUCUGUAGGAACUCAAUCUGGGUCUGGAGCUGCAAAACCUAGUUAUGAAGCAGCAAGAGUUCCUGGUUAUGAUCCCUCUAAAGGACCCGGCUAUGAUGCGCAAAGAGUAAUGCAUGGCUAUGAUGCUCAGAGAGGCGCAGGUUACGACAUGCAGAGAGCACCUGCAUACGAUCCUCAAAGAGUGCCUGCAUAUGAACCACAGAGACUCCAUGGGUAUAAUGAUAUGCAAUGGGGAGCUAACUAUGAUGCAGCCAGGAAUGUUGCCUAUGAUGCACUGUCGAGAGGGAUGGUUGCUGCACAACAAGGGCAAAUGGCACCAUCUGCUGCUGCUGCUGCUGCGGCUGCUCGAAACAAUGUGGCCUACGGCUCUGCAACGCCACCAACUCGUGGAGGAAGUGGAUAUAAUGCAGCAGCAGCUCAAGCUGGAAAUCCAGUCAAGAGAUAAUGCAAGAGUGCAUAGUUUCAACAGCUCGAGUGGUAAUUGAUAUAAGAUUGCACCUGCCGGGAUUUUGUUCACCAUUUCUGUCGAGAGAAUGAGAUAUGUACCCACUCUGUGGGUAUACAGCACACCCGUCCAAGUUGCUUUCUCGUGGAACGUCAGAGGGCUUGUAUUGUAAUGCACCUGUACUAAUUGUCAAGGGUAUUAUUAUUAUAGGCCUCAUUCGCUAAUUGUCAGUGGCAUCCGAUCAUUUCCAUGGCUACUGUCUGAUUGAUAGCCAAUUCAAAUGCAAGGUUUUAUCCUUUAACCGAACAUAUUCUACCAUGUACGAAACAGGAUAGCUAGAUCGUAUAAGGGUUGAUCGAAUUGCUGAACCAGAAGGUCUCAUGUUCGAAUUUUUUAAGUAUUAUUAAAUCAAAAAAAUUAAAAAAUUUCGCCCUUAUAAAAAAUCUAGAUAGCUGACUCAGUCUGAUCAAUUCUCUAAAACUCAAGUCCAAUCCAGCAGGCCGCAAGUCCACUAGGAUGUUACGAGUAUGGCUAUAUAUUAUUUCUUCGAAUGAGCACAUGAGUUUACGAGACUUGUUUUGGGCGGUAAUACUCGCCUCGUAAACGGGAGGGGGCAGACAUGUGUACUCUCCUCGACUUGAUCGCCCCAUUCUUGGUACUUUUUUCUUCAUAAACUACAUGUAAUUUUGCUCAAAUUAGUUAGGAUUUUACUUUUAUUAUCUCAUAUUUUAGCUAUAAUAAAGUUGCAAGUAUGUGAGAUUCUAGGUUCUGGAAUAAUUUAACUACAUUUAACAUAUUAUAGUUUUUUUUUUAUUUUUAUGAAAAAAAUACAUUAUUUCUAAUAUUUCUCUUUUAAAUUACAUACUCAUAUGAGUCGACCUGCUCAAAUCAUUGCCCCAUGAUAAAUUACUUGACUUACCAUGUAGAGGGUAUGAGUAUCGAGAAUUCGAGAUACACAUAUCGAUCUACCACAUUGUCACCACAAACCAAACAAACCCUUUUUUACUGCGAUUCGACUCCAACUAUUUUCUCAUCCUUAGUAAUGGUCAACACCAAGAUUGUCAACCCGUUGGUCGACCCGCCGGUUGUCCCAUUUUGACCCUGAUCAGGUGAGAAAAAUAAGCCACACACCCGUGGGGCCACCCCUUGCAAGGUUACCAGGUUGGAGAUCACACACCAUUGUUUUCUCCUUUGCUUUGCGAAAUGCGCCUCUUUUCCGGUUUUCUGUUUUGUCUAACCCUAAUUUUGGAGUUAUAAAUUGAACAUUGGAAU